CGGGGAUCUGCAACCUCCGUUUCCUCUCCCAGCCGCUCUUUGCGGACGAAAAUGGCAGUGCUGAACGGCUUUUCCUCGUUCGUCAGCAUGGCCUACACGUUGGGAGACGUGCAAUUUUAAUGACGCCUAGCCGCGCUCUCUUCGGAUGUCGUUUUACAGCCUGCAACCUCUCAUCGGCCGACGUCUCCUUCCCAUUUGGGCUUGGCUCGGAGAAGGACUGCAUGGCUGGAGAGCUUCCAACUACGCUGUUCCCCUCUCCCGUGGCGAAGCAGGCUUGCGUACGCUCGCGUACGUCAACACUUCAUCCCUGUAUACUAAACAUGCAGCUACAGCACCUCCAUGCUCGUGUAAAGCAGGGCCUGCUAGUCGAGCAGUUUCGCGCCUGCGAGGAUACAUUAGCUUCCGAAGUGCAGCACGAUGAAACACAGCGGGGGCACACUACGCCCGGCACAUGUUGCCUAUCUCAGUCACACACCUGUCGCUGCUCGUGCGUACUGCAGUGCUCUCGCCCCUGCAUGCUCAAUACGGACGGCACUCCUGUCCGCAGCUACCGGCCUUUCAACCUCGCCUGUAAAGCUCAGCAUCGUUGUAAUGCUUGCUCGAACACACGCCGAUCAUCAUACGAAUUUGAACUACCGGCGGCGCGCAGUUCCAACUGCUAGUCAACGUCUGUCACCAACAUCCUUCCGAAAUUGCUCCCUAGCCUGUGGCUUGUUAUGCGCAGGGAUCAUCACUCCCGGAUCACAUCCGCUCAAGCCUCAAGGCACUAUGAGACAUCACCUCAUCGCCGCCUCGACCUCCGCAUCCUCAUCACGCUCAGGCGGGAAAUCCCAUUCAUUCACGGGAUAGCUCCCCUUCGGACUCCUCCCCAACCCCCCUCCCC